AUGUCAUACUACAGCCGCGAGAGGGACUGGGACGAUUCCCGUCCCGUCACAAUUAAGCGUUACGUCAUUCCCCCCGAAGACGAACGUCGAGACUUCAUGUCGAGACAUGAAGAUCCGUACGCCGGCGAGCGCGAAAUGGUCAUUCGUCGCAAGACCGAUCGCGACGAGCCUGUGAGCAUUCAGCGUUAUGAGCGAGAGGUGGACUACGAGACCCCCGCACGCUAUGAGCGAUACUACGAGGAACGUGAGUACUACCCUUACAGGAACCGAUACACCCGAUCCAUGGAACCCCUGGAGCGAGUGGAGCAUCCCCUGAGCCGCGAACAGUCACUGAUUCAUGAAGCCCGUCAUUCGUACACCAGUCCCCGGGAAUCCGAGUACGAUGUGGUGCGUCGCUCCGAAGCCGACGAGGACCCUUAUUACUACCAUCGCCACCGUCGAGUCCGCGAGUACGAUGACCGUCGUUCUCGACGAGAGUUGAGUCCCAGUGAUUCCAUCUCUCAGACUAGUCGCCGACGCGAUCGCGACCAGGACUACAGCAGCGAUGACAGCAUGGUGUACAUUCGCAAGGAAACCCACGGCUAUGAGGACCACCCCCACCACCGCCGCCACAUGCUCGAGGGCGCACUGGUAGGCGCCGGUGCAGCUGAGUUGAUGCGCAGCCGGAGCAAGAAGGACGGAGAAAGCAGCCACGGGGCCAGCCGUAUUGGCAAGACGGUUGGUGCGGGUGCUUUGGGUGCAGUGGCUGUCAACGCUGCUUCCCGCGCACGCGAAUAUUACCGCAGCAAGAGCCGUCACCGCUCUCACUCCUUUGAUGAUAACCGUUCCUCUCACUCCCAUCGCCAUAGCAGGCACAGCUUGCACAGUCACAGUCGUCAUAGCCGGAGCCGUAGUCGCUCUCACUCGCAUUCGCGUGCUAAGACUCUGCUUGAGUUGGGUGUUGGUGCUGCUGCCGUUGCGGCUGGUGUAGCUGCACUGCGCAGCAAGUCUAAUGCCGGAGAGCGCAAGGGUCGGUCCCGCACUCGCUCGCGCUCCCGUGCUGCUAGCCGUGGUCGCUCGGAGAAGAGCGAGAAGGAUGAAGACCGGAACAUGUCAGAGCGCCGCAAGCACAUGGCCGGCGCGGGCUUGGCUGGUGCAGCUGUGGCAGGAAUCGUGGACAAGGUGCGCAGCCAUUCACGCUCCCGCAAGGGCGAACGCUCUCGCAGCCGCAGCCGUCUCAGACAAGCCCUCCCAAUCGUGGGAGCUGGCCUGGCUACUGCAGCUGCCACAGGCCUCUACGAGAAGAAGAAAGGCGAAAAAGAUGAGAAAGAAAGUAGCCACCGGGGUCGACACCGCUCCAGAUCUCGCAGCCGUGCGCCAUCACAGUCCUAUCCCGACCCGGCGCGCGACUCGGCCGGCCUGAUCGAAUAUGGCAAUGACCCAGUCGCAGGCAGCAUCCCUGCAGAGCACUACUAUGGCCAACCUGGCUCCAGCCAGCCCUACUUGGAAGGACCUGAAUCCUACGGCGCACGCCGUCAAACUCGCAGCCGCAGCCGCAGCCGCGGAGGCCGCUACAGCAGCUCCUCAGGCUCCGACCGGGACCGGGACCGUGGUGAUCGACGCCGCAAGCACCGUAGCCGCUCGCGUGACCUCGCAGGCGCGGCCCUCAGUGCCUCUGGUCUCGGGUAUGCGGCCCACAAGUUCAACGAGCGACGAAAGUCCAAGGAGCGAGAACGCGAACACUCCCACUCACGCUACAACGAUCGCAAUGAACAUGCCCGGGAUCCUUAUGAGGAAUCCUACGACCCAGAGCCUUACGCCCCUUACCCGCCCUCUCCCCAUGCAGCUCCCCCAAUGCAAGACCCUCACUACUACCCCAAUGGACCCCAAUUUCCUCCUCCCCCAGGCGACUCAACUCACAACCUGAAUGCCACCCCUGCCCCCUACAACCCGGCUGAUUACCCUCCACCCCCUGGUGCCGCCCCUCCCUCGCAGCCGUAUGCCUACGGCGCAGGUCCAGAGCAGUACCGGCCUCGUAGAGCCGAUGAGAAUGUGAGAUCCCCGUCUAUCCACGAGGGUUUAAACAAGCUGCCGUCAUCACGAUCGAACAGCCAACCUGCGUCGAAAUCCGUGGCAUUCAAUCUUAACAAUGCUCCUGAUGAUGGGUAUGAGUCGGACGAUAGUACUUCUACCAUCGGACCGCAUGGCCAGCACAAUCGCCAUCAUCAUCGCCGCCGCUCUUCAUCUGUGCCCCACUCCGUCCAUGCGUCUCGGGGAGACCACAAAGGCUCCGAUGACUCUGAUUCGACUAUUGAUUUGCCAAAUCGAUUCGAUAGUCAGGGUCGACUUCUGGAUCGGGAUCCUGCCGUUGAGAAAUUCGAGGACUUGGUCAAUCGCUUUACCAAGGUCCUGUUCUAG